GAUUGCAUCUUGGAUUAGUUUGCUGCUGUUUUGAAGAGAUUCCAUUUUGAAGGGCGGAAACCUAAUGUGAUGGAUUUAUCUUCAGAGAUGAACAGACAUGGGAAGAAUCCAGUGAGCCACAAGCUAGAAGAUCAGAAGAAGAUUUACACGGACUGGGCCAACCACUACCUGGCAAAAUCGGGCCACAAGCGGCUGAUCAAGGAUUUGCAACAAGACAUUGCAGAUGGAGUGCUGCUAGCCGAGAUCAUCCAGAUCAUAGCAAAUGAAAAAGUUGAAGAUAUCAAUGGAUGUCCUAGGAGUCAAUCUCAGAUGAUUGAAAAUGUUGACGUCUGCCUUAGUUUUCUGGCAGCCAGAGGAGUAAAUGUCCAAGGUCUAUCUGCUGAAGAAAUAAGAAAUGGAAACCUAAAAGCCAUUCUAGGGCUGUUUUUCAGUUUGUCUCGCUAUAAGCAGCAGCAGCACCAUCAACAGCAGUAUUACCAGUCCUUGGUGGAGCUUCAGCAGCGGGUCCCUCAGGCCUCUCCUCAGGCAGAAGCCAGCCAGGCCAAAACCCAGCAAGAUAUGCAGUCCAGUCUGGCAGCCAGAUAUGCAGCUCAGUCUAAUCACAGUGGAAUUGCAACCAGUCAAAAAAAGCCCACUAGGCUUCCAGGACCUUCUAGGGUGCCCGCUGCGGGCAGCAGCAGCAAGGCCCAGGGAGCCUCUAACUUAAAUAGGAGAAGUCAGAGCUUUAACAGCAUUGACAAAAACAAGCCUCCAACGUAUGCAAAUGGCAAUGAAAAAGAUUCCUCCAAAGGACCUCAACCAUCUUCAGGUAUAAAUGGGAACAUGCAGCCCCCCACCACUGCUGGGCAGCCCCCUGCCUCCGCCAUCCCUUCUCCGAGUGCCAAGCCCUGGCGCAGCAAGUCCAUGAAUGUCAAGCACAGCGCCACCUCCACCAUGCUGACGGUAAAGCAGUCGAGCCCAGCCACCUCUCCCACACCACCUACAGACAGACUGAAGCCCCCUGGCUCUGAAGGGGUCAAAACAGCUCCCUCGGGACAGAAAUCCAUGCUUGAAAAAUUCAAGCUGGUCAAUGCCAGGACUGCUUUACGUCCCCCGCAGCCUCCCAGCUCAGGACCCAGUGAUGGUGGGAAGGAUGACGAUGUCUUUUCUGAAUCUGGUGACAUGGAAGGUUUCAGCUGUGGUCUGAAUAGCGGUGGCUCAACCAACAGCAGCCCCAAAGCGUCCCCUAAAUUAGCCCCUCCAAAAGCUGGCAGCAAAAAUCUCAGCAAUAAAAAGUCUUUGCUCCAGCCAAAGGAAAAGGAGGACAAGAACAGGGACAAAAAUAAAGUUUGCGCUGAAAAAGCAGUCAAGGAUGAGAAGGACCAGGUGACGGAGACGGCUCCGAAAAAGACUUCUAAAAUCGCAAGUUUGAUCCCAAAGGGCAGCAAGACGACAGCCACCAAGAAGGAAAGCUUAAUCCCGUCCUCCAGUGGGAUUCCAAAACCGGGCUCCAAGGUGCCAACAGCAAAACAGACCAUUUCACCGGGCAGCACAGCCAACAAGGAGUCUGAAAAAUUCAGGACUACCAAGGGAAGCCCUUCCCAGUCCUUACCUAAGCCCGUAAUCACCGAGAAAGCAAGCACAUCCAAUUGCCCUGCUCCUCUGGAAGGAAGGGAGGCCGGCCAAGCCUCUCCCUCUGGUUCCUGUGUUGGGUCAGUGGCACAGGGCAGUGGGCAGACCACGGGAAAUGGUGCUGUCCAGCUCCCUCAACAGCAGCAGCACAGCCACCCGAACACCGCCACGGUGGCUCCGUUCAUUUACAGAGCACAUUCAGAAAAUGAAGGUACUUCUUUAUCAUCUGCUGACUCCUGUACCAGUCCUACUAAGAUGGAUUUAUCAUACAGCAAGACGGCUAAGCAGUGCCUUGAGGAGAUAUCUGGUGAAGACCCUGAAACAAGAAGAAUGAGAACAGUGAAAAACAUAGCAGACUUGAGGCAGAAUUUAGAAGAGACUAUGUCCAGUCUCCGUGGGACCCAGAUAAGCCACAGCACCCUGGAGACAACAUUUGACAGCACUGUGACAACGGAAGUGAAUGGAAGGACCAUACCCAACUUGACAAGCCGUCCCACCCCCAUGACCUGGAGGCUGGGCCAGGCGUGUCCCCGACUUCAAGCGGGGGAUGCUCCCUCCCUGGGCGCUGGCUAUCCUCGCAGCGGUACCAGUCGGUUCAUCCACACGGACCCCUCCAGGUUCAUGUACACAACGCCUCUGCGUCGAGCUGCUGUCUCUCGGCUGGGAAACAUGUCACAAAUUGACAUGAGUGAGAAAGCAAGCAGUGACCUGGACAUGUCCUCUGAAGUCGAUGUGGGUGGAUAUAUGAGUGAUGGGGAUAUCCUGGGGAAAAGUCUCAGGACGGAUGACAUCAACAGCGGGUACAUGACAGAUGGAGGACUCAACCUGUACACUAGAAGUCUGAACCGAAUUCCAGACCCAGUGACUUCCAGGGAUGCCAUUCAGAGAGGUGUUCACGAUGUGACUGUCGAUGCAGACAGCUGGGAUGACAGCAGUUCGGUGAGCAGUGGCCUCAGCGACACCCUCGAUAACAUCAGCACCGAUGACUUGAACACAGCGUCCUCCGUCAGCUCUUAUUCCAACAUCACUCUCCCUUCCAGGAAGAACACACAGCUGAAGACAGAUUCGGAGAAACGUCCCACCACGGAUGAGACGUGGGAUGGCACUGAGGAGCUGAAAAAAGCAGAAGAAGACUUCGACAGCCACGGGGAUGGUGGCGGCAAGUGGAAGGGCGCUUCCUCAGGACUUCCUGAAGACCCUGAGAAGGCAGGGCAGAAAGCCUCCCUGGCUGUUUCCCAGACAGGUUCCUGGAGAAGGGGCAUGUCUGCCCAGGGAGGGACAUCGUCUAGGCAGAAAGCUGGAACAAGUGCUCUCAAGACCCCUGGGAAAACCGAUGAUACCAAAGCUUCUGAGAAAGGGAAGGCUCCCCUGAAAGGAUCCUCGCUGCAGAGGUCUCCUUCAGAUGCAGGGAAGAGCAGCGGGGAUGAGGGGAAAAAGCCCCCCUCGGGCAUUGCCAGGUCCACUGCCACGGGAUCUUUCGGGUUUAAGAAGCCAAGCGGAGUAGGGUCAUCCCCCGUGAUCACGAGCAGCGGAGCCACCAUCACCGGUGGAUCGGCCACGCUGGGUAAAAUCCCCAAAUCCGCUGCCAUUGGUGGGAAGUCAAAUGCCGGGAGGAAAACCAGUUUGGACGGCUCCCAGAACCAGGAUGACGUGGUGUUGCAUGCUAGUUCCAAGGCCUCGCUCCAGUACCGCAGCCUGCCCCGCCCCUCCAAGUCCAGCGCCAGCGGCAUCCCCGGCCGGGGCGGCCACCGGUCCAGCACCAGCAGCAUCGACUCCAACGUCAGCAGCAAGUCAGCGGGUGCCACCACCUCCAAGCUGAGAGAGCCCACUAAGAUUGGGUCAGGGCGCUCCAGCCCAGUCACUGUCAACCAGACAGACAAGGAAAAGGAGAAAGUGGCCGUCUCCGAUUCAGAGAGUGUUUCUUUGUCAGGUUCCCCCAAAUCCAGCCCCACCUCUGCCAGUGCCUGUGGGACACAAGGGCUCAGGCAGCCAGGAUCCAAGUAUCCUGACAUUGCCUCACCUACAUUCCGAAGGUUGUUUGGUGCCAAGGCAGGUGGCAAAUCUGCCUCUGCACCUAAUACUGAGGGUGUGAAAUCCUCCUCAGUAAUGCCCAGUCCUAGUACCACAUUAGCGCGCCAAGGCAGUCUGGAAUCACCGUCGUCCGGUACGGGCAGCAUGGGCAGUGCUGGUGGGCUAAGUGGCAGCAGCAGCCCUCUCUUCAAUAAACCCUCAGACUUAACCACAGAUGUUAUAAGCUUAAGUCACUCGUUGGCGUCCAGCCCAGCAUCGGUUCACUCUUUCACGUCAGGUGGUCUCGUGUGGGCUGCCAAUCUGAGCAGUUCCUCUGCAGGCAGCAAGGACACUCCGAGUUACCAGUCCAUGACUAGCCUCCAUACGAGCUCUGAGUCCAUUGACCUCCCCCUCAGCCAUCAUGGCUCCCUGUCUGGACUGACCACAGGCACUCACGAGGUUCAGAGCCUGCUCAUGAGAACGGGUAGUGUGAGAUCUACUCUCUCAGAAAGCAUACAACUUGACAGAAAUACACUACCCAAAAAGGGACUAAGAUACACCCCAUCAUCUCGGCAGGCCAACCAAGAAGAGGGCAAAGAGUGGCUGCGCUCCCAUUCCACCGGAGGGCUGCAGGACACCGGCAGCCAGUCGCCUCUGGUCUCCCCUUCUGCCAUGUCAGCGUCAGCAACAGGAAAAUACCACUUCUCAAACUUGGUGAGUCCAACAAAUCUGUCUCAAUUUAACCUUCCCGGGCCCAGCAUGAUGCGCUCAAAUAGCAUCCCAGCUCAAGACUCUUCCUUCGACCUCUACGAUGACUCCCAGCUCUGUGGGAGUGCCACGUCUCUGGAGGAAAGGCCCCGUGCCAUCAGUCAUUCAGGCUCCUUUCGUGACAGCAUGGAAGAAGUUCAUGGCUCUUCGUUAUCACUGGUGUCCAGCACUUCUUCUCUUUACUCUACAGCUGAAGAAAAGGCUCAUUCAGAGCAAAUUCAUAAACUGCGGCGAGAGCUGGUUGCAUCUCAAGAAAAAGUGGCUACCCUCACAUCUCAGCUUUCAGCAAAUGCUCACCUUGUGGCAGCUUUUGAAAAGAGUUUAGGGAAUAUGACUGGCCGACUGCAAAGUCUUACCAUGACAGCGGAACAAAAGGAGUCUGAACUCAUAGAACUAAGAGAAACCAUUGAAAUGCUGAAGGCCCAGAAUUCUGCUGCCCAGGCUGCCAUCCAGGGAGCCCUAAAUGGUCCAGAUCACCCUCCUAAAGAUCUCCGCAUCAGAAGGCAGCACUCCUCUGAAAGCGUUUCUAGUAUCAACAGUGCCACCAGCCAUUCCAGCAUUGGCAGUGGUAAUGAUGCUGACUCCAAGAAAAAGAAAAAGAAAAACUGGGUGAACUCUAGAGGAAGUGAGCUGAGAAGCUCAUUCAAACAAGCCUUUGGGAAGAAAAAGUCCACCAAGCCUCCUUCCUCACAUUCGGACAUUGAAGAGCUCACAGACUCAUCUCUUCCAGCAUCCCCCAAGUUGCCCCACAACACUGGUGACGGUGGGUCGGCAUCCAUGAAGCCCUCGCAGUCAGCCUCAGCCAUCUGUGAAUGCACUGAGGCUGAGGCAGAGAUCAUUCUGCAGCUGAAGAGUGAGCUCAGAGAAAAGGAAUUAAAAUUAACAGACAUUCGGCUGGAGGCCCUCAGCUCGGCUCAUCACCUCGAUCAGAUCCGGGAGGCCAUGAACCGGAUGCAGAAUGAAAUUGAAAUACUGAAGGCUGAAAAUGAUCGGCUGAAGGCAGAAACUGGUAACACAGCUAAGCCUGCUCGGCCAUCCUCAGAAUCCUCAAGUAGCACAUCCUCCUCGUCCUCACGGCAGUCGCUGGGACUUUCUCUAAACAAUCUGAACAUCACAGAGUCUGUUACCUCAGAUAUUUUGCUAGAUGAUGCUGGUGAUGCAAGCGGACAUAAAGAUGGACGCAGUGUGAAAAUUAUAGUCUCCAUAAGCAAGGGCUACGGUCAUGCAAAGGACCAGAAGUCUCAGGCAUAUUUGAUAGGAUCCAUUGGUGUUAGUGGAAAAACCAAGUGGGAUGUCUUAGAUGGUGUAAUCAGACGUCUCUUUAAGGAAUAUGUGUUUCGAAUUGAUACAUCUGCUAGCCUUGGUCUGAGCUCUGACUGCAUUGCUAGCUACUGCAUAGGGGAUUUAAUUAGAUCCCAUAGCCUAGAAGUGCCUGAGUUGCUGCCUUGUGGAUACCUUGUUGGAGAUAACAACAUCAUCACUGUGAACCUGAAAGGGGUAGAAGAAAACAGUUUGGACAGUUUUGUUUUUGAUACACUCAUUCCUAAACCAAUUACCCAAAGGUACUUUAACUUGUUGAUGGAGCAUCACAGAAUUAUACUCUCAGGACCUAGUGGUACUGGAAAGACCUAUUUAGCAAACAAACUUGCUGAAUAUGUAAUAACCAAAUCUGGGAGGAAAAAGACAGAGGAUGCAAUUGCCACUUUUAAUGUGGACCACAAGUCAAGUAAGGAAUUACAACAGUAUCUAGCUAGCCUGGCUGAACAGUGCAGUGCUGACAAUAAUGGUGUAGAGCUCCCAGUUGUAAUAAUUCUUGAUAAUCUCCAUCAUGUGGGCUCUUUGAGUGAUAUCUUCAACGGUUUCCUCAACUGCAAAUACAACAAAUGUCCAUAUAUUAUUGGAACAAUGAAUCAGGGAGUUUCUUCAUCACCAAAUCUAGAGCUGCAUCACAAUUUCAGGUGGGUACUAUGUGCAAACCACACUGAACCAGUGAAAGGCUUCUUAGGCAGAUAUCUUCGAAGGAAACUAAUAGAGAUAGAAAUUGAAAGGAACAUCCGCAAUAAUGACCUAGUCAAAAUUAUAGAUUGGAUUCCUAAGACAUGGCAUCAUCUCAACAGUUUUUUGGAAACACAUAGUUCUUCUGAUGUUACCAUUGGUCCCCGACUUUUCCUUUCUUGCCCCAUGGAUGUAGAAGGCUCUAGAGUGUGGUUCAUGGAUCUCUGGAACUAUUCUUUGGUACCUUAUAUUCUGGAGGCAGUAAGAGAAGGUCUUCAGAUGUAUGGGAAACGGGCACCUUGGGAAGAUCCCUCAAAGUGGGUGCUUGAUACCUACCCAUGGAGCUCAGCAUCUCUGCCUCAGGAGGGCCCAGCAUUACUUCAGUUGCGACCAGAAGAUGUUGGGUAUGAGGGUUGCAUCUCCACUAAGGAAGCCACAACCUCAAAGCACAUUCCACAGACUGACACAGAGGGGGAUCCCCUGAUGAAUAUGCUAAUGAAACUCCAAGAAGCAGCCAAUUACUCCGGUACACAAAGCUUCGACAGCGAUAGCACCAGCCACCAUGAAGACAAUUUGGAUUCGGCUCUUGAAUCUACCCUCUGAAAAAAGUUGCGGGGAAAGACUAUGCUUUUUAAACAUGUUUAAAAAGUAAGGUAUUUUCACUAAAACCACUGCCAGUAUGAAAGCACCUACCAAGGGUCCUGCCCCAGAGUCAUGGUCUCCAAGGAGGCAGCAGAACUAAGUCUGAACCGCCAAGAUGCUAAAUUGAAAUGGAAGCUUCACCUUCUUUUAUUUCUAGGCCUUUUUAUAUCUGUGGAGUGAUGUAAGACUCCCUUACUCAACUGGAAGGGACCCUAACGAUAGGGCAACUGAAUAGAUUGCACAUGGGAUAGCCAAACUGGACUUAGUGUUUUUCCUCUUUAAACGUUUACAAUACAGACCUUUUUUUGUCCCUUCAUUUCGUUUCCUCUGGCAAACGGUCCUCCCCAAGCAGGGUUCGUUCUUCUGACCCAUCCAGCCUCCUUCAUGCCACAUGGUGCUGGUCACAGGGCUCCAGUAGUGUGUGUGUGUUGUGCGCUCACCCCAUUCCAAAACCAGGCCGAGAGGCCAGUCCCCCGUAAGCACAAACGGAAUUGUGCAACCACCAGAAAAGCACUACCGUGGCCCAGCUGGAGAGGUGCCAACUAAUUCCUGAGCUCAUGUCCUCGUGACGUGCUCCACCAACUGUCAGUAUCUGAGUCACCGGUUUUAUAAGGUUGUUUUUACCACUGGGGUCUUUUUAAGCCACCUGCCCACCCCCUUAACAAGAGUUUUAUACCAGUUAUUCGUCAACACUGACAAAAGGCUUGCUUAGGGCUUUAUUUGUUUGAGCCUUUUCAGUGAAAGAAGGAACAUUUCCUAUGGUGCUGUCUCGCUGCCUUAAAACAGAUUUCUACAACAGUUUAAGUCCUAAACCAUUGGUAAUUCCCACUGUCUUUCAUUUGCAACCAAGCAACAGCGGUUAACACAGUAGCCUCAUCUCUAGAGCUCUUUGUUUUUCUAAGAAAUGGAUAGGAGAAAGAUCAGUAUUUUUUCCUUGUGACUAGAUUGCUUUGCCUAUCCUCAAGUAUCAUGUAACCCAGAGACCCUCUCCAACCAUCACUUAAAAGCUAAGACAUGUGGCUAAAUUCCAUCCGGUUCCAGGUGAGAGAGUUUCCGGAGGCGGGAGAUUUUGAAUUCCUUCCCAGCAGAGCUGGAAGCACUAGACACAGCAUGAGCACAACUAUUUGGCUUCCCCCCCUGUUCUUUAUUAUUAUUAUUAUUAUUAGUUUUUUCAGCAUGUUGUUUCGAUUGCUAUUGGUGUACAUGAGAAAGUCGGCAUUCUAGAACACUGAGCAGUGACAUCACUGUGGCAGAGGAGGCGUGGAUACUGUAAAAGGUUAGAUUUGCACAGUCUACUGGGUAGGUAUUGUAAAUAAUAAUUUUUAAAACUUGCACAAAUCAAAGCGAACACACACAAAAAAUUGUAUUUUAUCCUGUUGGUGUUAAGAGGUGUUUCACUUACUGAGAAUUCCUGUACGUUGCAAACAAAUAACAGAAUGCAAACCCUCAAAGCUGUUAUUACCUGGUGUGUUUGUCCUGUAUUUACAGUUGUUAUGACUAUGCAGGAGCUGUCAGUGCUAGAGUGAGCAUGCUUCGAAACUGUACAUGAAGCCAGUGCAUUUUUGGAAAAGUGAAAAUGCCCCACAGUGCAUCUGUCAUGGCAGGCUUUACAGAGAGUGCGUGAAAGCGGACUGGAGUCACCGCAGAAGUUACCACUGCGCACAGGUGUUAAGUCUAUCAGGCCCGAGGGCUCGGCCAUGGCGUAGUCUUGUUCUGUGCGUGUGAAACUGUGUUUCUUUCAGGACGUGUAAUUGGUGCUACUCUCUGCGACCACCGUGGGUCAGUUGCUCUAGAACAAUAACAACAGUAGCCGUCUGUGCAAUUUUCAGAGUGUCACCGAAUCUGUAGGUUCCACACGGUGCUAUUGCCCUAAGGGAAAUCGGAGCUGCAUUUGUGCACAGAGAGUUGUCACCCUGACGUUGAAACCCCAAACGUGGAUCAAAUCCGUUGUGAAACAUCGAUAUAUGUAGCUGGAUGAGUGACUAGUUACCCUCGUAUCAUACGUGACCUAAGGAAAUUGCUAAUCUUUCCCUGCCAUUUUGAGAAACACAGUCCAAACAUGAUCAUAAACAAAUUCCUGCAAUACAUCCCAGUAGGUCCACCUAGUUUACAACUUAAACUAGUUUGUGAAGCAUUUGUCUGUAUACAUUUUAUAUUUUGUACAUUUUUGAUGUAACAUAUCAUGUAAAUAGGCAGAAACAGUGAAAUAAAUCAUCUGAAAAGUUUUGUAGUCUUUGUAAAGCCCCAACAAUAAGUACUUAGUGUCAAUGGACUUAACUGGAUGAUGUAUUUUCUAUUGGUUUAUUGUUCCUUUAGCUUGUAAACCAGCUUGCAUAUAUUUUUUUGCAAAUGUGCACCCUGUAUCUGUCUAAAUUAUUACUUUACCAUUAAAGUGGAAUUAUUUAUUGACAACA